UUGUCUGUUUCAAUUACCGCAGCACCGUCGGCGUUUCUCCGCUGCAGCUCCAGCAGAGCCGAACAGGCGAAUUUCUCGAGUCGGUUCUGAGCUUGAUUCGAUUUGUCCUUGCGUCUAGGAGGCGAACAUAGAUUUAUAGAUAGAUAUUAUAAAACCCACCCCAAGACGUGUUUCGGAUAACCGUUUUUCUUUAGAAGAGAGUGUGUAUGGUUUGGACUGAAGAUAUCACCAUGUCUCGUACCGACGAGGUCCACCGCGUUACGGAGAAUGUCUACAAGACCAUCAUGGAGCAGUUCAACCCCUGCUUGCGGAACUUUGUUGCCAUGGGGAAGAACUACGAGAAAGCUCUCUCCACGGUGACGUUUGCAGCUAAGGGCUACUUCGACACUCUGGUGAGGAUGGGCGAGCUGGCCAGCGAGAGCCAGGGAUCCAAAGACCUAGGGGACGUGCUCUUUCAGAUGGCCGAGGUCCACCGGCAGAUACAAGUGCAGCUAGAGGAAAUGUUGAAGUGCUUCCACACUGAGCUGCUUUCAGAGCUGGAGAAGAAAGUGGACCUGGAUGCCAGAUACCUGACUGCGGCUCUGAAGAAGUACCAGAUAGAGCACAAGAGCAAAGGCGAGAGCUUGGAGAAAUGUCAGGCUGAGCUGAAGAAGCUGCGUAGGAAGAGCCAGGGCAGCAAGAACCCAUCUAAAUACAACGACAAGGAGCUGCAGUAUGUGGAGACCAUAAACACUAAGCAGAACGAGCUGGACACCUUCAUCGCAGAGGGCUACAAAACAGCUCUGUCAGAGGAGCGCAGGAGAUACUGCUUCCUGGUGGACCGCCAGUGUGCCGUGGCCAAGAACAACAGUGCCUACCACGGAAAGGGCAAGGAUCUGCUCACCCAGAAGAUCCCAGUGUGGCAGCAAUCCUGCUCCGAUCCCAACAAGCUCCCGGAGAGGGCCAUGUUGCUGGUGCAGCAGAUGGUGUCUGGCUCGAACCCCCUUCUCUCCAGCCCGCUGCAUUCCUCUAAGGGCAACCUGGUCAUCUCAGAGCCCAUCCCUGGUGCUCAGCCCCUGCCUGUGCCCCCUGAACUGGCGGCCCUCAUGGGCCACCCAGGGAGGCUUAUGGGGCCUGAUGGCAUGUCUCUGGUCAAUGGUACGACAGGAAUGCAAGGUGAGGAGUACUGGGCUGAAGGGGGUGUGUCUCAGGGAAGACCCGCCUCCCCACAGCCUCAGUCCCAGACUCAGCCACAGAGGCAGGUCAGCGAUGUUUACUCCAACACCCUGCCUGUCCGCAGACCCCAGCCUGCUAAGAGCAAGGCCACCGUGGGCGAGACACGGACUCUGCCCAGGUCCAGCUCCAUGGCGGCAGGAUUGGAGAAGAACGGGCGCUCACGUGUGCAGGCCAUUUUCUCUCAUGCUGCUGGUGACAACAGCACACUGCUCAGCUUUACUGAGGGUGACAUUAUCACACUGCUGGUGCCUGAGGCUCGGGAUGGCUGGCAUUAUGGAGAAAACGAGAAGAACAAGAUGAGAGGCUGGUUCCCCUUUUCCUACACACGAGUGUUACCGGAGAGUGACGGUGACAAGCUGCGAGUUAAUCUACAUCACGGGAAGAGCAGCAGCACGGGGAACCUGCUGGAGAGAGACGACACGUCUCUGCCCAUGCCUGACUACGGUCUGACCGCCCGUCUGUUGGCUCAGAGCCUCACACAGAAUCGCCCGCCGCGUCCCUACAGCAUGGCUGGCUUCACACAGCCAGCGAUUGAGGAUUAUGACAGUCGUUUUGCCACAAGUUCCGAUGGCAAAUUGAUUUCGACAGUGUGAACACAGACAGGCUAUCAGACACAGACACAACUCCGGAUAGCACAGGGGUUGCACCCCUUCCUUCCCAGUUUCCCCUCUAGCCUCCCCUACCCCCCUCAAAACAAUCCUAACACGUGCCUCCACGCACCCCUCCUUCAGUGGAAGAAGGCCGCUCUCAUCCCUCCUUUCUGUCCUCUCUUCCUCCCCUGCGUGUUGUCGCCGGGGGGCCAUAGUGCCGGUGGCGUGUGGUGGGUCGGGGGGGAGUCUGACAGAGAGAGCCAGAGGGCACUCCAUCUGCUCGCCUCGCACCUUUACAGACACUGAGCUGCUCUUCGCCUUGCCCGCUGCCGCCGUGGAUUUCUUCAAAUGGACUCCUCUCCCAUGCAUGUGCACAAGUUCUGCAACUGUUGUGUUUUUAUGAUGAUGAUUAUUUUUUUUUAAAGGACAUCAUCAUGUAAAAGUGCCAAAAGCUAUGUCGAUAUUUUCAAGCAGCUCUCCUUCCAUAAAAGACACGUGCCGUUUGUCCUUUACUUUACGCUGUGGACUGGCACUAUCGAAGCUCUCGCUCGCCACAGAGCCUUGUAUUCUCUUUAUGGUUCAGUUGUGCGGCGUGUUUUUUUUUUUUUUUUUUUUUUUUUUUUUUGGUUUGUUGUUUUUUUUUCUGUGUGUUUUGUAGAGCGUUGUGUGCUUCCACCGUGUCUUUACGCAGCACAAUGUGCAGCCCAGAGGGUGUGUCACUUUUAACAUUGUGGGAUCAAUUUUCACAUUAUUGUCCACACUUCUUCUUUAUUACUUCUGAAAGAUCUCAAAUCAUUGAAGUAAGAUAUACAGGGCACGGAGGCCCAAACAGGUAGGCCAGUAUGAUAGCAAUAUAAAAUAUCAAAAUCUAGAUCAGCAAGAGUAAUAUUACUGUGCUAUCAGCACAUAAUAAAGGAAAUCACAAUUCUAUUUACACCUGGUUUGUUGUAUCAAAGUCUUGUAUCAGGAUUGUAUCCUGUUAACCUUUUUGAGGUCUAAUCCAUCUCUGGUUCUCCAGAUUGAAAUGGAAUGGUUGUACUGCAGAAGAUCUCAACAUCGCCCCUGGAGUACUCCCUGUCCUGUACAUUUGAGUGUUUUCCCUGCUCUGACACAUCUGAUUUAACUAAUCAGCUCAUUAACAGUCCUUUCUGAGUUGAAGUCGGUGUGAUGGAGCUGGGAAGACAUAAGAAUGUGUAGGACAGGGAGUGUUCCAGGACCAGGGUUGGGAACCUGUGCUGUGCAACAUGUAAUAAUCAAAUCAGCUCAUUAUACUUGUCCACUAACGUCCCAAAUGUGUUCCUUAUUUCCAAUUGUCCUACACAAAAGAUAUCGUUUUUCAGUUUUCAUAAAGGCACCAACUUUGGUAGUAAUGAACCACGUACGUGAUCAUAACGUAUUGUGAAGGCUUUUGGUUGGAGUAAUAUGAGUAAUUGUACAUUAUUGCCACAGUGAAAUUGUUUUCUUAGAGAGUCUGUAGCUGUAACUCCUAUCUCUGCCCCUAUUUUGGCCAUGAGGAUGGUUCCAGAAGGCUAAAACUAAAACAAACUCGAUGGACGAAUGUGGGUUUGCAAACAUCACAUAAGAAGUGGAUGAAUACAUUUGCAUUUAUAAACUUAUCGGUGUAAUUGCGACUUACUUACGAGAGAUUGAUACUGUACAUUUGAUUUAACAUUUGACCAAAACGUGUCUCGCGUUUAAAUCCGUUUGAAACCUGUCUUGCGUGAUUUGGUAUUUAUAAUUAUAACCAGAUUUCCGGAUAUAAUCCUGAGACUCGAGAUGCACGAAACGACCAGGUGUAAAUCUCUCAUUUCUUCCUUGUAAACUCUGCUUUCUUUUCAUCUCUGAGACCUGAAUCUCUUGUCAUUUCCACUGAAAGAAAAGCUGUAAUAUGUUCUCACUUCUUAUCUGUCGUGUUCCUAAACGGUCCGCCGACAGAUCCUCUGGAGCCGUGGUGUACUUUCCUGCUGUGCUUCUGUACCUUAUGUCUCUUUUUAAAAUGCUUUUCUUUUUUCUUGUAAAUCAAAUUACAAUGCACAGAAAUCAGUAUACAGAAAACAUUCCAUCACAAAAUGCAUGCUAUGGAGGAACUUCAGCAACAUGUUGACCUUGAAUGUAUUGUGAAUUUUUACAAAAAAAAAACAAAACCUAUAUAUAAUAUAUAAAUAUCUAUAUAUUAAUAAAACACUUGUUCAAAUUAUACAUGAUUGUUAACUUGAAUCCAUGCUGUUGAAUCCAUUGUGUGUGUUUCUGCAUUUCUGCACUACAUCAUUAUAUUUAUCUCAUCGAAUGCCCACUCACCAACUUUAGUACCAAGUCCCUUUUGCAAUACAUAUAGAAUGCUGUUUGUGUAUUCUGUGUGUGUGUGUGAGAGAGAGAGCGCGCGAGCGAGAGAAAGAGCGCUUAGGUUUGUCUUUAUGUGAUCAUGGAUUCUUUUGUCGCAGUGGGAUAUGCUGUCUGUCUGUUGUCUGAGAUUUGUGUAUUGAGGUUAGCAGUAAUGAUUUUAAUUCAGGGCUAUGACAACACUUGGUAGUUGAAUAUAUUUGGCAGUUUAAUAUAUUUUGCUGUGUGAGAGUGAGCUUUUGUUUCCAAAAAUUGGUCUCAUCAAAGACAAUUUGGACAACUGCUAUGGGCAGACUCUUCAUUUUACACUAUAUUUUGAACCUGUCAUCAUUGUAGAGACGUUUUAUUUACUCAUGUAUGAGCAUAGGGUUGGAAUGUCCUUCAUCCAUCUGAGCCAGUGCAAAACUCAGACACCAUGCCACAAAUGAGUAACCUUCCUCCAUCCUACACAAAACUAACAGUCCGAUAUGUAGCCAUGCAUAAUCCUAGUCUGAGCUGAGCUCCGGUACAAACCCAUGGACUCUUUUUACC